ACUGUUGCAGUGAGUUAACCCGCGACUGGCUCACACGGCACGUCCGAAGACGACUUCUACGAGCUUCAGUUGCACCCCUCACUCGGCAUUCCAGGACCAAGCGACCGGUCCGUUUUGACGCAAUUAUUCUCGUUCGGUGAGCCUGAAACAGUCCAUUUACGAGAUCGGACAGGGUCGCAUCGCAAUGAAGAUAAAGUCUUGCCUCACUGAUCUUCCUAUUUCAGCGAUUCUGAGAGUAGUACGUCUCCACUGAUUGCACCUGGGAGGUCAAGUUCACCACAAGAGGUGGAUUUUCUUUUUAUCUCUGCCAGGCACACUCGCCGAAUUGUGUCUACUUCACGAGCCGCCUGGAAGAUUCAUACCGGCCAUACAUCCAUAACUACUACACUGGGUGCUUCGGCUGGCUUUAUUGUCUUUGUCUCUGCGCAUGUACGAGUCAGCGAGGAAUAAAAUGCAGCGAAUGCCUUUACUCAGAAAAGCAUCAUAUGGUGGCUCAUCACCGGCCACAGUCGACCUUUCGCGGCCAUCAUUCGAACAGGAAGGCUUGGGCAUUUAUGCAAAAUACGACAAAGCAGCAGCUCGGGCCGAAACAAUCAGCCAUCCUCCCUCAGGGAAAAGCCCCUCUGCUUUUCGUUGUCAAUCUACAAGUGCAAUGUCUCAAGCGUCCACAGCCAGCAGUUCAGCCAUGAAUAAACCAGGCUCACAAUAUGUUCAUCCCAUGCGUCUCGCUCCACGUGCCUAUACACCACCGUUAAAUCAAUCGUGCCAAGCAUCCAUACUUGAGAGCGAUGAUUCUCCCAAGGAUCCAUUUGCGGGGAGCAAUUCCCCGACACAGUCAGGAUUAGAGUUCUUCAAGCCGGGGCCAACCAAUUCAAGCAAGACACCCCGAUUAUCGCUGCAAACUCAUGAUAGCUCUUCCACAAGGUCGCCUGGGGUUUCUCAGACAAAUAUAACCGGCCGUUCAUCUUUCGGAUACUCCCGAGACAACGGAAGCACCUUGGACACAACGUCUCCAGUAUCUAGGUCAUCUUUGGAUUUUGUUUUCCGAUCUAAGACGCGUACGAGCAUGGACCCUGUAGCUCGGGCGGCUACGGUACAAGCAGCACGUCAGGCUUUCGAAGAGAAGGAGGCUGCCAAAACAUGGAGGUUUGAGGCUCAACAGAUGAAGGCCGAGGAAAAGCAAACAAAGCAAAGGGGGAAGCAGCAUCUGCAAACAAGGUUCACUGGCGAUGACGUAGAUCUGGAGGACGGGCAAGAGGAAAUAUCUGACAAGCCUCAGCCUUCAACUUCACAGUCAGAAUCAUGUCCGGAGACCUGGAGAUCACAACCUAAAAAUACAUGGGUGCUCUUCUUAACGUGGUUACGAACUAGGAUCUUUAAGUUGCGAAGAAGGAUUCGAAGAUUAGCCUGAAAUUAAUCUAGGUAUGUGAUGAGAUCUUGUUUAUGAUUACAUAUACAAAGCACUGGGGCAAUUAUACCAGUGGUGUAUAGGGCUGCUUUACUCCCUACUAGUAAGAAUUCUAGCCUCGCACAUCCUCCCCUCCCAGAACUAAUAAUUCUUAUACAAUAGAUGGAAAUGAAAACGAAAAUGACACAACAUAAGGGGGAUUACAUAAAAGAUAGAAAUGUAUAUACAAAGGAAUGAAAUGGGGGAAAUAAUAAUGAAUUAUUGUGAUGAGACAGCUAAGACAGCCACCCCAGCAAGUUUGCCCAGCUUAAUUAAAAGCAAGCACCGAAAUGAAUACAACAGUGUACUAUACUAUCUC